AGCCGCUCUAAGGUAUAACCCCCUUCCCCCUCCCAGAGAUCCGCACCUAUUAGAGUACACAACAAUGACAACCCGUUUCAAGAAGAACCGGAAGAAGCGGGGCCACGUGAGCGCUGGUCAUGGGCGUAUCGGAAAGCACCGCAAGCAUCCGGGAGGUCGGGGAAACGCCGGAGGUAUGCACCACCACAGGAUCCUCUUCGACAAGUACCACCCGGGGUAUUUCGGGAAAGUCGGUAUGAGAUACUUCCACAAGCUCAGGAACAAGUUCUAUUGCCCCAUCGUGAACAUCGACAAGCUCUGGUCUCUCGUCCCACAAGACGUGAAGGCAAAGACCAGCAAGGAUUCGGCACCAAUGAUCGACGUGACCCAGUUUGGAUACUUUAAGGUGUUGGGGAAAGGCGUGUUGCCCGAGAAUCAACCGAUCGUGGUUAAGGCUAAGUUGGUGUCCAAGACUGCCGAGAAGAAGAUUAAGGAGGCUGGUGGUGCUGUUGUGCUCACCACCUAGGUUAGGAUUUUGAUAUUGAAUCUGAAUGACAUUUCUGCUACAUUAUUAUUUCUAUUCUUUCUUCUUUUUAAUUCAAUC